ACUGCUGAGGGGGCUUUUCACGGUCAGUGUCGCAUAUUUACACCCCACACGCCAGCUUCAGGUGGUCUACGGAGAGGUGGUGAUGGCUAAGGCGCCCCCUCCUCCAGACCCAGUGUUCACUCUCAGGGGCUCGGCAGCGCCCAUCAACGCGCUCCACUUCCAGUGUAGUGGCCCGGGACCUCCUUUACUGUACUCGGGGUUGGAGAAAGGUUCCGUUGACGUGUGGAAUCUGAACACACGGAGAACAGAGCGUGUUCUAGACGGUCAUCACGGCGCCUCGGUCAUCUGGGUCAGCACCCUUCCCUCCAGUGACACCCUCCUCAGUCAGGGUCGGGACAUGCGAGUGUGUGUGUGGGAUUUGUGUGAGGGUCGCAGCACAGUAACACACACUCUCCACACGGGCAGUGUUGGGUUCUGUCAGUGCUCUCAGCUGGAGGCCGACAUAAGCACAACACUGCUCGCAAUCCCAGGAGAAACCACGGAGGAGGUGAAGGUGGUAGACCUGGGCAGCCUGACCACCCUCUGCUCCUUGACCCCAGAUGCCAAACGGGGCAUGCUCAUGUGCAUGAAGAUGUGGCAGGCAGACACGGGUCCUCUGCUGACUGCAGGGUAUGAAGACGGCACCCUUGUCGUGUGGGAUGUCUCUCUUAGGCGUCCAAUCAGCUGCCUGAAGGCCCAUACUGAGCCUGUCAUGUGUCUGGACUUUGACACAGGAAGGGGAAAAGGCAUCUCGGGAUCCUCAGACAAUGCACUCUCCUCCUGGACACUUGACAGCCAACGGAGUCUGCAGAUCCAGGCCCCGGUGGUGCUGACCAACCCUGGAGUCUCCCAGCUGCGUAUCCGUGGUGACAGUAAGAUUGUGGCGUCGGCAGGCUGGGACUGCCGCGUGCGUGUGCACAGCUGGAAGAGCCUGAACCCUCUCGCCGUGCUGUGCUACCACAGGGACCAGGUGCGCUGUGUGACCUUCUCGGACCACCCCGAGUCGACACAGACGCUGAUGGCAGCAGGGUCCAGAGACCAGCUCAUCAGCCUCUGGUCCAUUUACAGCGCGAGCCGAGGGACACGCCCUGAGCGCCACGAACGUUACAGGCCAUAAGAAAAUUUUUUGGAACAAAGCUUUUGGGUUCCUCACACAGAAUAUGCAGCUGUGGUACAUUUUAGGGGUAUGGUUGCUUCAGUACCCUUCUCCAGCCUGCAGGAGGAGUGCUCAUUACUCAUCAGUUGAGUAAAUUGGAUAUUGAAUAUUGAUAUCGGACAUUGGAUGCGGAUAUAUAUUUGCACUGGUUUAAGACGUGUGUUCCCACAUGACUGCAGUUUUAUCCUGACUGAAGUUAGCAUGAUGUCUGAAGGCGUGAGCCCACAAACACACUGGAUGAACAAUUUUCACCAAAGAACACCAAACUCACACACACUGAGUUGGAGUGCCGUGCCUGUGUGUGACGGUUGGGACGUGUCUGUCCUCAUGUUAACACUCCUCCAGUCAAGCUGUUGCUGGGAUUCCUACUCUCAUGUUUGUCAAGCGUUUUCUGUCUAAGAAUAAAAGCAUUUCUGCACAGGGUUUAUAGGUUUAAAAAAAUGCAUCUGCCUUCAGCUCAUCAAGCAGGGUCCCCUCAACACACACACACAAGAGUUGUUUUGAUCCACCACAUUGCCAGCCAUACAGUUGCACGGUGCUGCCUUGUGUGUCGUUUGCAUCGCCAGAGGGAGGUCUCUGUCGGAUAUUUAUGCUAUAAGUCGCGCCUGAGCCGCAGUGUGUAAUUCACGGCUGUUUUUCCAGAACCGCUGGUGAGUUUAAACGCUGCCCUUUGGACUGGCCUGGCCUGGCGUGCAUCCAUCACAUGGGGUUAAUCACUGGCGCAGGGCCGGGAUGG